CAGAAGAAGAGGAAAGAAAAAGAAAGAAGAAAAAUGAAGAGUUCAUCUUGGACUGAAAUACGGGAGACUUCAAAUUCUUCCUUAAAAAAAGGAAACAACGUUAAUGUUAUUAUAUGAAAAAAAAAAUGUUUUUUAUAGUAUAGUAGUAAUAACUAAUGAUACUGCCAAUAAAUAAUUCGGUGCAAUUGGAUACUCAUAUACUAUAUUAAAAAAAAAAAAAUCAGAUUCCUCAAAAGCCGAGGUUGUAGCUUAUCCAUUCAACAUUUAUUCCUUUUCUUGACAAUAGUGCAAUCAAUAUACUAUUUUUUUUUUAGCCCUUUUGGUAUAUUCUGUGUUUUGUUGUGUGUGACUGUGUGUAUAUAUACCGAUUGCAGAUCAGUUUCUGCCCCCUCUUCUCUGUUUACUACAUAAUCCAUUAUCAAUUUUAUCAUCAUCCUUUUGCCACCCUUCUUGAGAGGGAAAAAGUGUAAAUAAUUUAUCCAUUAAUCUGAUAAGUUAUCCAUAAAAAUCUGAUCUUAAUCUGUAGUGAUAAACAGAAGAGAGGGGUCGGAACUCAUCACAUUCAUAUCCAAAUUUAGUUCAGUUCUUCUGGAGACAGGGGAGGAGGGAAGAAGAAGAAGAGGAAGGUCAUAUAUAAAACCGAUUUGCUGAUCACAUAUAUACUCUUACUCUCCAUCCUCACAGCGCUUUACUCAACCAAAUAGAAGAACAGAAUGGUUGAAGGGGGAAUUUCUAAAGCUGACAAAACUGAAUUCACUGAAUGUUGGAGGACAACAUGGAAGACACCUUAUAUCAUGAGGCUGGCCUUAUCGGCUGGAAUCGGUGGUCUUCUCUUUGGUUACGACACAGGAGUUAUUUCUGGUGCCAUGCUCUACAUUCAGAAUGACUUUGACGAAGUUGACAGGAAGACAUGGUUACAAGAGACAAUUGUUAGCAUGGCUGUUGCAGGAGCUAUAGUUGGUGCUGCAUUUGGUGGAUGGAUCAACGACAGAUUCGGCCGCAAAAUCUCCAUUUUGGCUGCUGAUGUGCUGUUCUUUGCUGGUGCAGUUGUGAUGGCUUUUGCUCCUGCUCCAUGGGUGAUUAUUAUUGGAAGAAUAUUGGUUGGUCUUGGAGUCGGGAUGGCAUCAAUGACUUCUCCUUUAUACAUUUCGGAAUCUUCGCCCCACAGAAUCAGAGGUGCACUUGUUAGCACAAAUGGGCUGUUGAUCACUGGAGGGCAAUUUAUCUCAUACCUCAUCAAUUUAGCUUUCACCCAUGUUAAAGGAACAUGGCGUUGGAUGCUUGGUGUUGCAGGACUUCCGGCACUCAUUCAGUUUGUUCUGAUGCUUUCCCUCCCGGAAUCGCCAAGAUGGCUUUACCGAAAUGGUAGAAUCGAUGAGGCUAGGUCCAUCUUGGAAAAAAUCUACCCCUCUGAGGAAGUUGGCGAUGAAAUGCAAGCCCUGAAAGCAUCCAUUGAUGAAGAAAUUGAAAUAGAAGGUUCUGUUGGAGGUGGCAGCAUGUUUUCCAAAGUAAAACAAGCUUGGGGUUAUCGUGUUUUCCGAAGGGGCCUACUUGCCGGAGUCACCGUUCAAGUUGCUCAGCAAUUUGUCGGCAUCAACACCGUCAUGUACUACAGUCCAACAAUCAUCCAAUUUGCAGGGUUUGCUUCUAAGAGCACAGCUAUUGCUCUUUCACUCAUCACGUCCGGUCUCAAUGCAGUUGGCUCGAUCGUGAGCAUGUGUUUUGUUGAUAGGUAUGGAAGGCGGAGGCUGAUGCUCAUCUCAAUGGUAGGCAUCAUUACAUGCUUAGUCGUGCUAUCUGGUGUGUUUUUUGAAGCUUCUCGCACAGCGCCAAAAGUCAGCCAGGCAGGGUCUGCGCACUUUGGUGUCAACUCCACAUGUAGUGCCUUUUCCCAAGCUCCGGAUGUGUCAUCAUGGAAUUGCAUGAGUUGUUUGCAGGUUAAAGACUCAGAUUGUGCUUUCUGCUCUAAUGGACUUGAUCGCUACUCGCCCGGAGCAUGUCUGGCGAAACUUGAUCCCCUUGAAAAUGCAUGCAAAGCUGAAAAUGGAAUCUGGUAUGAGAAAGGGUGUCCAAGCAAGAUUGGCUUCUUGGCAGUUGUCUUAUUGGGACUUUACAUUAUAAUGUAUGCCCCCGGAAUGGGAACUGUCCCAUGGAUCGUCAACUCUGAAAUAUACCCAUUGAGAUACAGAGGCAUCGGUGGAGGAUUAGCAGCAGUUUCUAACUGGACAUCAAAUCUUAUUGUCAGUCAAACUUUCUUAACAUUGACCAAGGCACUCGGUUCAGCAGGCACAUUUUUGCUGUUUGCGGGCUUCUCGUUCAUCGGGAUGGUUUGCAUUUAUUUCGUCGUCCCGGAAACAAAAGGACUGCAGUUUGAGGAAGUUGAGAAGAUGUUGGAGAAGGGGUUUACUCCUAGUAGUUGUAUGGGGAAAGGAAAAGAUUCCAAGGUGGAUGAAUGAUGACGAAAAAUGAAAUAAAAUGAUUCUGAAACUCAGAAUCUGUUUAUUCAUUACUGGUAUUGUUAUUAUUGGAAAACCAGGUUAAUGAUGCUUUUAGGGUUUUUAGGGCUCUAUUCUUUGGUAUUUCCUACAAUAUAUACCGAAUGUUAAUAUUGAAUGAAACGAUCUCCUAAUGAUAUGAAAUUAUUUUUAUUUGGUAUUUAUUGGCAAGUGCAGGUCAGAUUGAUGGUGUUAUUGGUCCAUGUUUUUCCCUUUUUUUUGUUUGUGAAGAUAUCACUUUCCUAAUGGGUGAAAAGAAUUUGCAAAACAUAUGCCAUGCUCUAUGCCCACUUUUCACAAGUUGGAUUUGAAAGUGCAGAAGCAAAAACACUUGUUAUGGUCCUUAGCCAAUGUUUGAAUACUGCACAAAAACUUUUAUUAUCAGUUCAAAGCUAUUGUCUUCAAAAGCAUACCACAUCACAUAAUUUAUGACAGUGGGGAAUCACCAGGGGAUGCAACAGCAGAGAUAACUUCUCUCCCUAGGUAUGACGGUCGUCUUGAUCGACAGGGCUCGAGGUGAGAAUGUUUUUGAUUUGUUUUGAAGUCAUCUAGUUAUAAAGAUAUAGGCAUGUUAAAGCAUUCGCAGAUUGGUACAUGCAGCUGCUCUGUUGGAAUACAAUGAGAACCGCAGGCAUCCGAGGAACUCACUAACUACUCACUUCUCUGAUCACUGCCAACUCUUUGGAUCAUAUGUCAGGUACAAUUUAAUCUUUGAUGCAUCAAUAUGGUGUAAUUAACUGGCAGAUCUAAUGUGUAUGACCAUUAUAUUUGCCUACCUGUGUGGCAAUCCUUUGAUUAGUAUGUUUAUGUGACGUGGAAAUAGCAUCCUUCUUCUUUCGACCUUGGAAAUAUCCGAGCUCUUUGAUGAUGCUGAACUUGGAGAAUAUCCUUGAUGCUUCAACUAUUUGUGGGAUUGAGCGCGUGACUGGAUUAUCAAAUCACGCAUCUUGUAUUUUUUCAUGUUUUCACGAUUGUGUUAGGCUUCAAUGUAAGUGAAAUGUGUGUAGGAGUGAUCCUGUUUAUCUCUGAAUCAGUAACGUUUUUAUCUGUUUAUUCAUACGUUAGAAUUUGUCUUCUUUUUUUUGCAGGAUCUAUCAAGGAAUACUAAAGUUGCUGAACUCCGAGGCUCAGCGGACGAAAUCCAAACAGCUUGUAAGCUGUCCUAUAUUUUGGUCAGACUGACCAAAAGGUGUUCUAAAUAGGGGAGUUUACAUGGAAGGAAAACACUUUAAAAUCGCAUCAAAUUCAAACUAAUCUCCACUUGAUCAGAGCCCAACGCAGCAAUUACAUACUAAACUUUCUCAACAUUAUAGGACUCGUUAUUUCUUUGUCUUUCGAAGGACUGUAAUAAUUUCUAUAUUACAUAUUCGUUGUCGGAACUAAUUGCUUUGCUCCGACUAAAAUGAAUUUCCUAUCAAGAGUCAAUGUGUAAGUUGUGUGUGUG